UGGUAAUGGUUGGAAGUUUUUUAGUGAUUCUUGCAUUUGUCCUUCAGUUUACAAGAAUGACAGUACAUGUGGAUUUUUGAAAAGGAAUCAGCCAAACCUGUACGUUUUUACUUUCGUCAUGGAUGACAAAACGGAUUUGACGGCGGUCAAAAUGGAGGAUGACGUAGAGGGCGCCGCAAGCGACGCAUCAACAAGCCAGCCUGACAUGACGGUGACGUCGGCGAGCGCGGGGAAGAAAGACAAGAUCUGUCUGGUGUGCGGAGACCGCGCACUCGGCUACAACUUCAACGCCGUGUCGUGCGAGUCAUGUAAAGCUUUCUUCCGCAGGAAUGCGCACAAAACUAUCAGAGGGCGCUGUGAGGGCAAGUGCGACGUGAAUGUAGAAUCCCGGUCAUUCUGUAAACGGUGUCGACUCGCCAAGUGCUUCACGGUGGGCAUGAGACGGGACAUGAUUCUCAACGACGAGCAGAAACGUGUGAGAAAACAAAAGAUUGUGAUCAAUAAACUACGACGUCACGGACAGGUCCCGGAUGGAAGUUACCCCGAGUUAACACCGGAUAUCCUUGCCAAGGCCAAAACUCUUUUAUCAGGCGAUGGCUCGAAUCUGCCGUUUUCCAUCGCCGGCGACAGCAACUAUUUACUCAGCUUAAAAAACGAAUUCCUCAACCAGGGAUCGAGCUGCUGCUCCAACAGUUCGACCGAAAGCGUCUCAAAACCGCCCCCGUGGUCGGAGAGUCAAGAACUUGUCAGCGCUGCCAUCGACAAGCUGAAGGAUACUGAUCAGAAGGUCAUAGAGGAGGUGUUGCGAGCUCACAAGAUCAGCUCGUUUUUAAGCGAGACGACCACAUCACUGAAGGUGCUACCAACGAACCCGACGGAGUUCAUAAACGUCGCCGAGGGAUUUGUUCGGCGGAUAAUUAAAUUUGCAAAAAAUAUCGACUUUUUCAAAAAGCUCUGCAAGGAGGACCAGAUUGUGUUGUUGAAAAGUUCCGUCGUCGAUAUAAUGAUGCUGCGGUCGGCGGUGAACUUUGACCCGUACACGGAAACCUGGUCGCUCAGCACGUUAAGCUGUCUCUCAGGCCCCGGUUCCAGUUCUGGCAGCCAGUCGGCCGGAAUCGCAGACAAAAUCAGCGCCGAAGUCCUGAAAUCAGGAAGUGCCGAGUCGGCAAAAUUGUUCAUCACAUAUUCCAAAUUCAUAAAAUCCUUGAUGACCACGAUUCAUGGGGAUCUCGUUAUUCUGAAGGUGUUGAUAUUAAUGUCGCUGUUUUCGGCCGAUCGCGGGAACCUGAUGAACCAGAAACAGGUGAUGGAGAUUCAGGAGAGUUACGCGGGAGUCCUGCAGAACUACACACAGUUGAGGUUUCCCGACGAGAAGACGAUGUUUGCGCGCAUCGUGAUGAAGUUGACGGAUCUGCGAAACAUCAAUGAGGUGCACACGAAGAUGUUGCUGACAAUGAAGAUAGACGAUAUCGAACCGUUGCUCGUGGAAAUUUUCGAUCCCAGUUUAGCUACCGAUGUAUAAUGUUGAAAGAGAUUAUGACACAAGUGUGUGUGCGAGUGUGUAUGUAUGUGUGUGUGUGAUAUGAAAUUUAUUACAUUGUGUUAGAAAUUAAUUUUAAUACUUCAACCUGAUGUAUAAUAUUUAAGAAAUUAUACCACGUGUGUGUGUGUGUGUCUAUGUGUGUGAUAUGAAAUUUAUUAUAUUGUGUUAGAAAUUAAUUUUCAUUCUUCAAUCCGAAGUUUAUCUAAUGAUGUAUAAUAUGUAAGAGAUUAUUCCACAGGUGUAAGUAAUAUAAAUGUUUACAGUGUUAAAAAUUAAUUUUAAUUCUUGAACCCAGUUUUGCUAAUAAUGUAUAAUAUUAAAGAGGUUAUUCCACAAUUGUGUAUGAAAUAUAACAUUUAUUACAUUGUGUUGGAAAUUAAUUUUAAUUCGUCAACACAAAUUUUGCUAAUGGCAUGUAAUAUGAGAUUAUUCCACGAGUGUGUGUGUAAUAUGAAAUUUAUUACAUUGUGUUAGAAAUUAAUUUAAAUUUUUCAACCCCAGUUUAGCUAAUAAUGUAUAAUAUUAAGAGAUUAUUCCA